GAGAGACGUACGGCUUUUACUCGGAUUCAUCGAACUGCGCUAGUUUUAUCCUAGCUGCGAGAGGAGGAUCUCCGAGAGGAAUAAUUAUCAAGAAACGGAAACGGAAGUUUUUCAGAGUGGAGGAUUGCGCGCGUGCAUGGAUCGUGUAAGGAUCAAAUAUCGUCAAGAUCGCUUUUGGUACUUAGCCAAAUUGCGAGAGUCUCAUCGGCGCGAUUUUCUUUACGUUUACUAAAUCAAGACCAAAUGAACAAAAGGAGAAGCACCCAACCGAACCGUCUCGGCGAUGCACCCGCAGUAGAAUUCGCUGCGACAGUCCGCGUGGAUCGCGGAUGCACCAGGUGAUCCGGUGGCUCGAACGACCCGAGACAGUAUCGUAGCCCGAAUAACGGAGGCUGCUAUAAAUAAUCCGAUGUCCAUCCCGGUCGCGCUCGCGAUGGGCGGUCGAGGGUACAGAAGGGAGUCGCCUAGGAGCCGCUGCAGCGGGCUGCUCUAGCGGACCGCUCAGCCUCCUUCUCUCCACUUUGUCUCUUCCCCUAUCUUUCUCUCUCUCUCUCUUUCUUUCUGUCUCUCCCUCUUCCCUUCGAUCGAGAGGCAAAGGGUAUUUCGUGGACGACGUUUCGAGAAGAACGACGGAACGUUGUCACCGUCGUCGUCGUCGUCGUCGUCGUCGUCGUCGUCGUCGUCGUCGUCGUCGUCGUCGUCGUCGUCGAUCCUUGAUCAUCGUUCAGGUAGGCGGAUAGAGGAAGUGGAGACUGGAGGAGGUGGAGUAUAGUGCCGGACCUCCGUGUGCGGCCGCGGCAUCUCCCCGGGGGUGGGGAUGGAGCCGGAGCAACGAGGACGCACUUCACGGGCAUCGUCGACGUCGAGCCUCGGACGCGAGGUCCGUUGCGGGUGCCAGUACUAUCAGAGCGACUCGCUUCUGCCGGAACGACGUGCUCUCCUCGUCAGACCGUCAUCCAGGACGAUGCAGCAGCCACCUGCGGUCCGCUGCAGCGAGCACGAUUACGAACCGAUCGCGCCGCCGCCGUCGUCGCUGCCGCAUCCGGCGACGGCACCGGUCGUGCGAAUCACCGACACGGACGUGAUGCCCGUCGCUGACAGCGACGACAGCCUCGACGACCGGGGCCGGCUGCCGCCGGAGCUGAUCCUGGACGGCGGCGUGAUUCUCCCGCUGGAUGGCAAAAUCGAGUACACCGCGAUGGAAGGCCGCGAACUCGGCGAGACCGGCGGCGACACUUCCGCCGAGGAGCUGGAACCCACGGCGCAACAAUUUCAAGACAGGCUUGAGGAACGAUUCCUCGCACCUACUCCCUACACCGAGUCUAGAACCGACGGCGAGGUCAACACUAGUCAGGUAGACUCGUCGGCGAUGGAGGAGCGCGGUGUUCGUGGCCUGCCUCAACGUCUGAAGACACAGGCUGGCAAGCUGCGCUCUCGACUCCGUGGUUUUCAGCGGCCUACAUUGUCGUUUUCGCAGAAACGGCAGAAGCCUGAAAAAACAACGACGACGACGACGACGAUAACGACAACGACCGUAAGAUCUGCGACGGCGAGCAGCGGCAAAUCGGACAAAUCCCGCAAGUCCGUGGAAAAGCGACCAAGCAGAAUUGACAGAAUAAGAACGUCCAUCUCCGAGAAGACGGGAAAAUUCAAUCUGCCCGAUCGGCCGAAAUUCAGUCUGCCCGACAGAUCGAAAUUUCACCUACCGGAGAGACCGAAAUUCAGUUUCCCGGACAAAUCGCGUUUCCACUUGCCAGACAAGUCAAAGUUCACCAUCAAGAAGCCCAACAUUCGUUUGCCUGGUGCGUUCACUCGCGUUAAACGGUCACCUUUGCGCGAACAGCAGCAGCAGCAGCAUUCGACGGAGUCUACUGCCGGCUCCAAGCGCAAUAUCUUCGACUUCGCCACGUAUCCGCGCAUCUUUGACAAGAAGUCCAAGAAGCGUGGCGAGUACGCGACAUCCUCUCCCAAGGACUCCAGAGCCCAGUCGGCGGAAAGCGCAACUUUUCCUCGCUCUCGGAAGGGAAAGUCCUUCAGCGCCAGGUGGGCGCAACGUUUCGGAGACUCAGCUUACGUUCAAGACCAAGAUCAUGCAGAAGAAGCGGCGGGAAGUGAUGGCUCUCCUCCAUGGCAUCAGAGUUCGAUGGAGGAACCGCCGAGACUGUCCGCUAGAACGGAAGAGGAGAUACUGGCGGCUGCUCAUGCGAUUCCCUGGGAGGAUACAAGAAAGCGAGAGCAAUACGACGAAGAGGAGAUACAGUACAUGGACUAUGAGCAGGAAUCAUCAGAGAUGUCGGAUCGACAUCCCGCACCUCCGAAAAGAUCUUACAGAUCACGAAGGCAGGACAAAUCGUAUGAACACGAGCAAGUGAUGGAGGUAGAUCCAAAAUUAUAUGAUGAUCAAAGAAUAAAACACGUUCAUCAAGAUGACAUUGAUGAGAACGAAGACGCGGCAAUGCAAGACAAUUGGCAUGCGGAUCAGCAGAUGAUGCAUAAGGAGAAAUUCAGACCGAUCCCGAGGUCGCGUUCGUUGGAUGAGGAUAUGCCACGAGUUCUGGAACAAGAUAGAUACGAUGGAGCGUUCAUGGCAGUGGAUCCAAGGUUAUUUGUACUACGCAAGAUGGCGUCUGACGAGGAGGAAGGCGAAGAGGAACAUGAGCCUUCCUCGUUACAAUCUGAUCGAGAGCAGCAAGCGUCCAGCGGCAGUUCCUGCGAUCGAAGGCGUCGCGGAGUGAUAGAGGAGAUCGACUCGGACGAGUUCUUUCUGCGGGCGAGUGGUAUUAGCCAAGAUGACAUGAACCUGGGUAAUUACUUGACCGAUGAGAUCCGAGAUGCUCUCAGGGCAGAAGUCAUCAACGCGUUGCAGGACGAUGAGCUUCCACCUACUCCGCCUCAACGUCCUAUGAGAACUUUACGGAAACACAAGGCAGGUUUAGUGGAAUCCGAUGAAGCGGUACCACCGGUCAGACCAAAACGAGAACGAUCGGCAACGUCGCGACACAGUCGAGAGGCGUCGAUCGAAAUGUUUCGCGAGCGUACCAGAAGUGAUUCCAGAAGUGACUCUAGACACCGCGUGGUGUAUCAGGCGGAGGGGGAUCAACCGGAACCAUCACAGGAACCGUUGGAUGAUAUAGUCGUGGUGAAACCAGUACGCAGAAAGUCAAGAUCGUCCUUGCGCAGCCACUCGCAGCCGCCGAUGGAGACAUCGAUACUCUCUCCUUCGACACCCGUUACUGUUGUACCUGACUCGUCCACUGUCCUUUCGAGUAUGCCACCGGUUGUACCGGUACGUAGAAAGCGUUCACACCGGGAAAUGGUGAUGGACCGGAGAAACGGUGACGUGGGUGCACCGAUUUGCAACGGUCAUCGCGACGUAUGGGAGAUCGAAAUCAUCGAGUCUAGGAAGCCAGUGAUUCCGGCGAAAUCAUCACGAUCACGGCAGUCGCUCGAACAAUUUACAAAUGGCGACAUCGUCAUGUCCGCUAGUCACGAAGACAUCGAAAAUUUAGAUAUGCGAUUUCGACAGGAGGACGCUGCGCCGGAACCGGUGCCAAUACCACCGAAAAGACGAUCUCGCUCGAGAACGAUAUCGGCCGCUGCUGAUGAGGACAGGACGUCGCACGGCGCAGAGUCGCUGCCGGAGGCCGGCUACAUUGAAGAGGACAUACCGCAGGAAGAGGAGAAUGGCUCGGCGCAAGAUAUCCCAGGUUACGCAAUUGUGGAGAAACGGGAGAAACCACCCAGGCCACCACCGCCCAGAAGAAAACGCAACAAGUUUGCCACGACUCCGAGACCAACCCCGCCUAAGCGACCUCAUCGGGCGUACAGUACUCUGGGACCCACUAGAACGAGAGACAUUAGUAUGACGUCGGAACCAAUCAUCAGCAUGAUUCUAGCAUCGUCCGAAUCCAUGCCGUAUAUCGAAGUCGAUGAGGAAGAAAUUGAACAUCGAGACUUUCGCAGCGGCGAAUUGCUCAACAAGAUACAAGGCCGCCCGCUUCCAGCGCCACCACGACCACCCAGGGCGAAGAAGGAGCCGAUGAUGGGACGACCUCGCACCCCAUUCGAAUAUGCGGAAACAACAGAGGCAACAACGGCGACGCAGACCGAUCCAUUGCCGGACGAUAUGGUGAUCGAGGAGAUCACUCAGGCGAAGCUCAUAAUGACACCUUCUAGAUCGGGCUCGCAGAUAAUGGUGGUAUCGAUGGAACAUAUACCCAGUCCAAGCAGAACGACCACACCUACCGUACCUCCGCUACCGAUGCCACACUUUCUGCGAAAAGAGGGAGAGCAAAUGGAAGAAGAAGAGGAGGAAGAGCGACUUCCAGGAGAAGAGGACAUCCAAAUUGCGUAUGACACGAUGUCACUAACAUCACCGUCGCCCACGAGAGAAAUCGACUUAAAGGACAUGCACAGAUCGGCGCCGCAUCUAGAAGAACGUGUCAUGGAAGAAUCGCAAACGCGACCUCAAGUCAAAUUGGGUUUGCUGCCCGAUGAGCCGCUGAGAAUUAGCAGCCUCGAGGUCGGAGAUUUAAAAGUCGAUCGAUUGAGCGUAUCACAAAUAGAAGCACACAAAAUCGUAGCAUCCGAGGUGGAUGCGAUGAUGAUUACAGCAUCGGAAUUGAGAGGCGGCGAUUCCAUGGAGGAAAGUUUCUCACCGGCCAUUAUCAGAGAGCUGAUGGCGAUCAGAAGUCACUUGGAGACCGUAAUGACUACCCAAACGCAAGAGAGAUAUCGCGAAAGUGAGAAGCAGUCCACGAGCCACAAAAUAACCGACAUUCCCACCACGGAUAACAGUCGAGUUCAGGAACGACAACCUGCUUCGCAGGAUGUUCCUUCGGAGCAACAGUCUGUCUCGCAGGAUGUUCCGUUGGAACGGCAGCCUGUUUCGCAGGAUGUUCCGUCGGAGCGGCAGCCUGUUUCGCAGGAUGUUCCAUCGGAGCGGCAGCCUGUUUCGCAGAAUGUUCCGUCGGAGCGGCAGCCUGUUUCGCAGGAUGUUCCAUCGGAGCGGCAGCCUGUUUCGCAGGAUGUUCCGUCGGAGCGUCAGCCUGUUUCGCAGGAUGUUCCGUCGGAGCAGCAGUCUAUUUCGCAGGAUGUUUCAUCGGAGCAACAGUCUGUUUCGCAGAAUGUUCCGUCGGAAGCGACCAAACCCAACGAGACUGUCGUGAAUGAACCAGCGUCGACGGAAGAUGAGAAGACCGAGACUGGCGAGGACCAAAAGGUUGUUAAAACAAAUGUAGUAGAUGUCAGGGACAAAGAGAUAUCACCUCCCCUCUCAGUUGCUCAAACCAAAGAAUUUCCUUCCCCACAGACACUUACGAUAGAUGAGUUAGAAUCCAAGGAUAAAGACGAAUCUACCAUAAAUUUACUCACGGUCGCUCAAGAUAAGUCCUUACAAAUUUUAGAUUCCGAACAUCUCCUAACUUUGAGUUCGCAAAUUACGUCGGGCUCCCACGUGGAUGAAUCUCGUGCCUCGUAUCCUCCGUCAGAUGCGCCUUCGAUCCAACCUUCCGAAUUGAGAGAGUCGCCGGAGCGCGUCGGCGAACCUCCGAGUAUCUCUGUCCAGACUACUACUGCUACUAUUACUACUACUACUACUACUACUACUACUGCUACUUCUACCACUACUUCUACCGCUACUAUCGAGCUGGGCGCAACGUCUACGAAUCUUCGUGGGAGCAAGGACGAUGUGUCCGAUAGUAAAGAACAUACCCCUCGCAUAUCGAGGUCUCGAUCUCCCUCGCCCAGCAAAGGUAUUAUGCGGCAAACCGCGUCUCCGGUCCGAUCGUUGCCACCAGCCAUCUCCGUGACCCCCGAUACACCCGAUUCGACCGUACCGAGACACGGUAGUAUCUCUACGGACGCUAAACCACAGCGUGCCGUCAUUUCCUAUUCUUCGAACGCGAAACACGACGUCGCUAAAGACAGUCAACCACAGCGUGCCGUUAUAUCCCAAUCUUCUGACACGGAACAAUCCCUUACGGAAAAGCAAAGGGAGUCCUCUCAAUCGCCAGUAUCUUCCUUCCCCUUACGUUCGACUCACUUCAUCGCCUUUCCAGCUUCCGAAAUUCCAGCUCAGUUCUUUUCUUUGAGUGAAAUGCCAACGAGUCAACGUUCUGAUACAGAACCCGGCGUUAUAGACACUACGCGGCAGCUUCUUCGAGCACUCCGAUUGGCCGGUAUAAAUGCCAUGAGGUAUUUCAUAGGAUAUUUAACGUCUACGUUAAGUAUGGAUAACACGAGAGAAAAGAUCAGAGAAGUGGAAUUAGUAAUAUGCGCCUUGUUACUUCUGAUCGCAGGCUUGUUGAUAUAUUAUUUCAGUAGUACACGGAUUGUAACACAUCAUCAUCACUGGGAUUAUUUCAAUCCGCCUAAAUAGCACUUCUACAAUCCGAUUUGCCAUCGUGUAUACAAAUUCGUAAAUAGUUCAUUGGUUCGUAGAAAGUAAAAUUUCAUAUUUCUAAGUGUAUAAAUCUGUUUUAUAUAACAAUUUUAUUUUGAAAAAAAUAUAGACUAGGACACGACAAGUAAGAAAUUCGAAUGGAAUUAUAGCUCUUGUAUACAUAUCAGAAUAAAGCGAAGUGCCAGGUUUGUAAGAAAUAAAUUGUAAUUAUAUUACUAAUAUAUGCCAAAUAUACAAUUAUAAACUUUAAUAUAUUUAAAGAACACUAUUUAUAAUAAUUCGGAUAAUUUUAUGUGUUAUAUACACAUACAUCACACAAUAACUUAUAUUUAAGAAAAAAUAUUAUUUAAUCGAACCUUUGUGAUGUCUUAAUUUGCCAGAGAACAAUCUCUUUUAAUUUUUUCUAAUAGUAGAUAGAACUCGUUUUUUUAUGUAGAGAAUAAUGUGCAUUCAAAAGUUUUAAUAAGUAUUUUUAAUAUAAUUAUUAAUACUUAAUUCUGCUCUUUUUUACAACAAUGAUUUUAUAACUUUUCAAAAAAACUGAUAAGAGAAAAGGAUACAGUGGUACAAUCUCCCAUUUUUUCCAAUUAAAAGAAUCGCUAGUAAAAGUCUAAAUAAUAGAAAUAAUGAUAUCCAUAUAGAUAAACCAAUAUGGAUAAUAAUUACCACUUAAUAAAAUAUCAUUAAUAAAGACAUUCUACUAAUCAAAAUUAGUAAUUACUAAUGAGAAAAUACAAAAAAAGAAUUAAAGAUUAUAGUUUAACUGAUUAACGAGGUUCGACUGUAUAAUAUUUUUCUGGUACAUAUAUAGAUGCAUAUUUCUAUACUAUUAUGAAUUUUGUUAUAAUUAUGUAAUAAUAAAUCAGUUACUAGAUAGCGAAUACAUAGAUAUUUAGUAUAUGAAUUUGUUGGCAAAUAUAUGAUGGAUAAUGAGAUGUGGAAGAGGACAAUAUAAAAAAUAUGGAUGUAACAAAAUAAAUUGUAGGUAUAGGUUAUAAAUAUCGGUAUUAUAUACAUUGUUUAUACAAUUUUGGCAUUUCAAAAGUUAUGGUACAAUGAAAAUACCUGAGGUUUUAAUGGAA